UUUUGACCGUCAAAUGUGUUAUUUAUGGUGAACAUGUUAGGCUGUUUCUUUAUCUGCUCGGCUGUUACAUACUUGCGCAGCUUUUACACAUUACAAAUCAGAAUAAAAAAAUCUUCAGUCUUGUCAAUAAUCAGAAUCAGUUACCACAGGGCAUCCAAAAGUAGUUUCAAAUAAGACAAAACAAACAUAAUCUCAGGGAAAUAUGCAUUUUCAAAAAAACAACCUGUACGUAUAAACUCAAAAAUGCACUGUAUAUCAGUCAAAGGAGUUAAACUGUGGAACAGCUGCAGCAAAGACAUGAAAACCUGCAGAUAGCAAAACAAGUUCAAACUCAUUUUUUAAAACCACAUUCAGAGUGGAUAUAAGAGAGAAAUAGAAACAUAAAUUUGUAACAAUGGGCGAGGUGCCUUUUUUCUGAUAUAUUUCCUUUUCUCUAUGCCGUUAUUUCUACACAUGCUCUAACUGAUUAAAUUACAGUAACAACAAUAAAGGGGUAAGACUAGAUAAGUUUUAUCAACGUCAUCCUACACCCUUUCGAACAAAGUAUGAUUAUCUAUGUUGCUACAGAGCUGUCUCUUUAGUUGUUUUUCUGCCAAAGCACAUUGUGUAUUUAUUUUGUUUUUAUUUUAACCUGUUCAAAUAAACUAUUAAACUAUCUUGUUUGCUUUAGGAUAUUAUGAAAAGGCAUCAGAAGGAAUUUAAGGAGCUUCCAAAAACUCUUUAUAGGAACUUUAAAUUAGUUUGAGCACAAAGUUAGGAGACAGCAUUCAAAAUCUUCAUCAACAUCUAUCUGAGCUCACCAAACUGAACUUUUAUGGUGAAACAGCUUAACCACAGAGUUGAAGUAGUAGUGUCGUUUUCCGAAUGAACAGGGACCAUGACAGUGACAGGUUUCCACAGCAGAGGUCAGGCGAGAGUCGAGGCUGAAGGGUGUAGAGUUUCAGCCUGAGGAGUCAGCAGGCGGAGCAGAUCAUAGGAGGACAGGAGGGCGGGUCGAGGGAGAGGAGUACCGGGAAUGUUAGUGGAUACUCACAGCGAGAGGAGGCGGCGACGCACCUGGGAAAUUACACGAUCAAGCAACACUGUGGUUGCCUCUUUAAUGGAGGCUUUAACGAAGAAUUGCAUGCGUAAAGUUUCAGCGGACUUCUAAAGAUGUACACGACGGAGCGCAGGCGAAUGAGCCUGCACGAGAUGAAGAGGAAAGACCCGGUUUGGGUUUCGGCUGGAAGUUUGUGGCAGGACCAUCUCGCCAUGGAUCUCAACGGCGGUAAACAUAUCGUCUCUCCGAGGAGUCGGACCAGAGCUGUAUCCGUGGCAUACAUCGUCAACGAGGACGCGUCCGUGCCACAGACUGAGGAGAACUUAUCCCUGAAAUGUCUGAAGGAAGCCUGCGCGGACGCACGGGCCGUUUUCAAAACCAUUUCGUUCGAGAGGAUCGCUUUGGGCUCCACAGACAUCCUGGAUAGUUUCUACAACGCAGGCAAGUGCAGGCAUGCGGACUGUGUGUGUGUGUGUGUGUGUGUGGAGGGGGGAGAUAAUAUGGAUGACACAAUUACGCACAUGACGCAAAACUGAUCUACCUUCCCAACGUUUUUUCCCCACAGAUGUCGCGGUGGUAGAGAUGAGCGACACUUUCUGCCAGCCUUCCCUUUUCUAUCACCUCGGAGUGAGGGAAAGUUUCAGCAUGACCAACAACAUUAUCCUCUACUGUUACAAGAAAGAUAGCGACCUGCAGGCUAUCAAGGUAACUGAACAACAAUAACACACACAGAGUGUGGUCACUGUUUGCAGUGAAAGUGGACUCCUGACCCAGCUGUGUGAAGGAGAAGGGGGCUGCAAACUUUUCAUGUGAAAAAAAGACAGAAAGCAAAUGUAGAUUUAGAAGCAGAGACAGAAAAUGAUGCUGGAAAAGCACCAGAAUGUUUAAUCAAUCAUCAGUAGGGGAGAGUGGGGUAAGUUGAGCCACCCCCUGUUGCUAGGAAAUGGUAAAAGAAAGAGAAAGAAAUUGACCAUGUGACCAAAUAUUUAGGGGAUAGGCAUCAGUUCAUGGAGUCUGUGAAGGUUAGAAGCACAUGGGUGAAGAGGUUAGACAUUUUCACUCUUGAAUUUAGUCUGUAAGCUUCAAACCAGAAAGUAUCAUUUUAAAUUUGUUUUAUACAUCAAUUGUGGUAUCUAUGAGCUACAACAUGAGGUCAAAAACCUAACAUAAAAGUCCACCAUUUUAGCUUAGAGGACUAAUAAAGUCAUAGUUGUUCAGGCAUGCUAUAUUAUCAAGACAGUUAUGUGUACAUUCAUUCUGUUAGUUUUCAGGGAUGCACAACAUCUUCAAAUAUAUGCAGAUAAACUAGUUAGAGACAAAACUAUGAUUGCCUUGAUGUAGUGAUCUGAAAUAUGAAAAAUGUCUCAUCUUACCCCACUCUCCCCUAUAUUUAGGAAUGAUUUAAUUUUGAUUCAAUAAUUCAAUGAAAUAUGAGAAUUGAAAUGAUCAAAACAAUGUGUCAGGGUGUCAAGUCUUUGUGAACAAAUAUAAAAAGGACCCUGCACCAAAAUCAACAAUAGAUCAACAACAGCUUUGUGAUUUAUAGAAGUAAAAUGAACAAAAGACAGAGUAAAUAUAUUCUUUAAAAGUAAGAAAUGAAAAAAGUAAACAAAGGGGAAGUGUUUAGGCGCAAAAUGAUGUCAUGUUAUUCAUCAAUUCAAAGGAAAGUGAACUUUUUUCCCACACAUACUAGAAGAAAUUACAUCAUAUAGAAGUUGCGACACUUAUUUCAGCCUUGAACGCUGUUAUUAACUGCUUUGGUAAAGAAUAGUUUACAGUUUCAGCACCCAUGAGUUUUAUAUCAAAUACACAAGUGGACAAGCGAACAAACUGUGUGGCUUUUGGACCAAAAUAUUAUUAAAAAUUAUGUGAAAGUAACAACAACAAAAACAACAACAAUAAUAAUAAUAAUAAUGAUAAUAACAAUAAUAAUGAUAACUUUAUUUUUAUAGCACUUUUAAAAACAGAGGUUUACAAAGUGCUUUGACAAACAGUCACACAGCACAGAACAUCAGCACAUGGAAAUAAAAACGAACAAAAACAAAAGCUCAGUUAAAAGGGGGCCUCAGAAUUGAAGGCCAGUUUCAUUUGUUGUAAGAAAGUAUAAAGUAUCAGUUAAGAGGAGAGCACAUGCACAUGAACAGCAUAUGAUGCGGCUGCUCCACCGACGUUGUUUAUGAUGCUUUUGUUUUGUGCCCACAGGAGCAGUGUGGGAGCUACACUAUGAUCGCAUAUGUGGUGUCGCCUCAGGGUAAAGUCUUUGCCUGUGAUGCUACAAUGAUGACGGGUAUCAAAGAGCUGAUGCAGCCCAGUUUCCAGCUGGAGCCCCUGCUGACCCCUCUGGUAGAGAGACUGGUGCAUAUGCUGAACAAUGUCCACGUCCACACCAGGUCAGACUCAAACUGCAGCGCUCUGUUGCACCAACAACAUUAUCGUCUCAGAUUACAUGUGCAUUUGCAUGUGGUUUAAUUUACAGCUCGUCUCAUGUUAGACUUCACUCAGCUGUUUUUUUUAUUGAAGAUCAUAAAAGUGUGAGAAUGUCACGGCCCCUCUGUUCUUUCUGCUGACAGUGAGUAUUUCCGGGAGUCGAUCAGGUAUGAGAUUCGUACGGCGCGGGAGCGGUUCAGCGGUCAGGCCUUGAGCGAGGAGCUGAGCCGGAUACAGAAACGGCUUGACAGCGUAGAGCUGUUGACACCUGAUAUAGUCAUGAACCUGCUGCUGUCCUACAGGGACAUUCAGGUGUGUGUUUAUGAGGCAAAUACUGAGACACAAGGUCUGCACUUCUUUUUGCAUAUUUAAAAAACAUUAAAGAAGCGUAUCCUGUAUUACGGAAGGUAACCCUACACCCUCUUUUGACAGGACUAUGACUCCAUUAUCACACUGGUGGAGACUCUCAACAACCUGCCCAUGUGUUUGGUUGCAGGGCAUCAGAAUAUCAAGUUUCAUUACAUAUUUGCUCUGAAUAGGUGAGUAAAAAAAAGCCUCCUGCAUUCAAAUCAAAUCAUAAUUCAACUAUCAUAACCUCCUUUCUCUUGCCACUGUCUUGUCUAUCAGGAGGAAUCAUCCGGGAGAUCGUGCCAAAGCUUUGGAGGCUAUUCUGCCUAUCGUUGAGUCAGGGAAAAAGGUGGCAUCAGACGUCUACUGCCUCUGUGGACGCAUUUACAAAGACAUGUUCAUGAGCUCUGGCUUCACGGACGUGCAAAGCAGAGACCAGGCCUGUUAUUGGUAUAACCUCUUUGUGUUUGUGUUUGCUGCCUGAGUGUACAACCUGAACCGUAGUAAUGAGCACGGUGACAUUUGUCUGUCUGCUAUAGCCUCUUUUACUGUUUCAGGUUAUACAUGUUUGAAGUGUAUAUUUACGAAUCAUUAACUAUAAUCCUUCACUGCUUUCUAUGUGAUACUUUUCAGGUACGGCAAAGCUUUUGAGACGGAGCCGACUCUGCACUCGGGCAUUAACAACGUGGUUCUCCUGAUGGCAGCCGGGCAUGAAUUUGACACUUCUAUUGAGCUGCGAAAAAUUGGUGAUUAAUGCUUUUGGAUAUUUUGUGUCAUCAGUUUUCCACUACUAAUGAAUUAAACUUAAAGUUUUAGGGGUUUGAACUCUUUGCAAAACAUGCAACUGAUAAUUAUCAACCUAAUUUUUGUGUAGAAGCCGUUUUUUAGUUUAUGUUGAAACCUUAUUUUUAAGCAAACAAAAGUCUCAGUUUAUAGUGUUAAUUGUAAGGACCAAAAAUAUAUGAUUUAAAAGUAAUUAAAUGGGUUGUUUCCAUUGAUUAGUAGAUUCAGAUACUCCUGUCUAUUAUGGGUGGAGUCGCAAUCUUUUAGGAAAGCCGGCACAGGUGUGCUUGUCAGAUUGUGUUUGAUUCAGGUUGAGAUGAGCGGCACAAAACAGUUUUUUGACCGUGAAACCGUGGCUUUUUUCGAUUUUUUGUACGAUUUCUGAAGUUGUGAGCCCUAUGGAAUCUGGAAUCAGCAAAAUAGAUGCAAAAACUACAGACCUUUGAGUACUGGAGUACAUUACUGUACUGGCUCGUCUCAUCCAAGUGGCUGUAAAUACUGUUAGAGGAAUCUGUCGCUACAUUUUGCAUAAAACUAGAAAGUACCAUUCGUACAGCACAUCAUUUAACACCCUGAGAGCAUAAGUGUUCACAAGGGAAUCAUAUGUUGUUGCCAACCAUCUCAGAAAUAUAUAACUAAUUUCACAGAUAGUUGUAAUGACUUAUUUUUCUCUGUGGGAUCAAAUCUGUGUUUUAGGUGUGACCCUGAGCACUCUGUUGGGUAGAAAAGGCAGUUUGGAGAAGAUGAAAGACUACUGGGACGUCGGCUUCUACAUCGGCGCCAACAUCCUCGCCAACGAACAUAAGAAAGUCAUCGAAGGCUCUGAAAAACUCUACCGGCUCAACGCUCCAAUCUGGUGAGAGUUCAGCACCAGCUCUUGAUUAGCUGUAAUCAUAAUUGUAAUCAAGAUAGAGUUUAGAGGGCUAGUUAGUGUAUUUUGAUGGGUUUGAUUAGAUACUCAGAAACCCCCUGUGGACUUAAAGGCUUUUAAAAUUUUCAAUGUUAAUAAGUUUGACCUGAUUUUUUUUCAGGUAUGUGGCAUCUAUUAUGGAGACUUUCAUCCUGUACCGCCAGUUUGCCAAGCCGCCUGAGGUGAAAUCUCUCAAACAGGACACUGUGGACUUCUGGACGGAGCUGCUCUUACAGACGUGUAAACCUACUGUUUCCACAGACCGCUGCCCUGUAAGCAACACCAAGAACCUUUACAGCAAAGAUAUUAAAAAGGGAAACUUUUGAGCAACUUUUAAGGAAGUUGGUGCUUUUGAUAACAAACUGGUAACGUCCAUUUUUAUCUUGGUAUUAACACACCCAAAUGUAACUGCAGACAGAGUGAUAACUAUAUCAAAAACAUGUUUGUUGCUGCCUUUCAGGUCCUUAUUCUGGAGCCUAGUAAAGUCCUUCAACCUGCUAUUGUGUGUGUGAGCGAGGAGGAUGAAAGCCGCACCGUCCAGUUGAAACACAUCACACCCUUGAAGGUAUGUGGACCCUCUGUCCUCCGCCCCCACCUUCACAGCUGCAUGCUCCUGAGUACUUGCUGUGUACACACAGAGCAGAAAAAUGACAUAAUGACAAGCAGACUGUGACUGUUUAAUCCAACAUGUUUGAGGGUGUGUUUUCCGUCGUUGUUUAUGAGGGACUGUCUCACUUUGUACAUCAGGAGCCAGGCUUGUUUACUUUCCUGUUUCAUGAAUGCAUCUGUGAAAUAAAAGCAAAUCCAUCAUGAGUGACGCACCAGACAGUCUUGAUCCUGUGACUUAACUUCAUCCUUAAUUCUACAGAAAGGCUUGCACCAGUGGACUUUCCCAGCAUCUGCAAUCCGGGGAGUGAGGUAAAGUGGAGUACAGCAUGUGCUAACAUCUCACAAAUAUCUGCAGCUCUCCGUUCUGGGUGUGGUCAGGCCUGCAGCAAAGCCAGAGGACCCGAAACACACUGGUUGCCAGGGAAACCUUGGCUGUCAGUCAGAUUUUUAGUUUCAGUCUUUGCUUCUUUGUUUGUUUUUGUUUUUAUUUUUCUUUUCGCCUGAAGAUAUUGAUCUGUGUUUUUGAGGACUUUACUCUCGUGUUGAGUGCAGAUUCAUCACUUUGGCAGUUUUCAGCAGAUACCCGAUACAGUCAGCUGCUGACUCAGUUAGAAACAACAAUGUUAUCAGAUGUGUCUGAAGACAGAUGAGAGACAGGUUUUUUGUUCUUUUGUUUUCACUCAGCAUUGACUUAAUAAUCUAUUUACCUCAGUUUGUGCACUUAAACCUGCUAACAUUGCUUCACACUUAAUCAUUAGCUUUUGUUGCUCCUGAACGGAACAAUCAUUGUCAAAUACCUUUACAUCUAACAGAGCUCAGUUUGCACCCAGAUUAUUUUAAACAAACAUGUCUUAUCUGAACUGAUACAUCUAUGAAUGUGAUUAUUUGUGUUUAAUUUUGUACAUUUAUUUCUUCCUUUUCCUCUGAAGUGCUUCAAAGAUCGAUGAGCGGAGCUGCUUUCUGUAUGUCCAUUACAAUUCAGACGACUUCCAGCUCUGCUUCCCCUCCGAGCUUCACUGUAAAGGGUGAGUCACAAACGAGCGUGCAAACAGACGACAGGUGCGUGUGUGUCUGUGCAAGGUGGUGUCAAAGAUCUAUUUACUUGGAAAAUAAAGAUGAUGAAGGGUUACAGGAGGACACUCAGACCUACUUUCAAACCAAGUCCAGUCAGUGGCUUUAAGAAAUGAGGGUGAUGUAAUUGUACGUAACGGAGUGAGUCACAAUUUCUACAUCGCCUUCUAAGAAAAAAAAAAAAAAAACAAGGACAGAUUUCUUCGGUCGCUCUUUCAAAGUCAGGCGACCUAAAGUACAUAAGACCGAUCUAUUUCCUUCUAAUCUCAUGUGGUUUCCACCACAGCAGAUACUGUAUCUCUUACCAUCAGCAGCAUCAAAGACACCAACUGUUUCUUUGUAUAUUGUUCAUUUAAACUCUCUUUUCAGCCAAGUUUCUAUUAAAUUCAGGAGUGUAGAAAGUUUUCUUUCUGCCCAAACAGGUUUCAGCUCCAAUGAGGAGCUUUUUGUUUGUGUUGAUUUCAGAAAUAGGUCAUAAACUGGAUGUAGGAGCAGCGUGUCAAUCAAGACGUCACUUUGACAUCUGCUGUACACCCUGGCAGCAGAUCCAAGCAGGAAUCUCAGUCUGGUUUCUGAUGGUCUUGUUUUUAUUUUUCUGGGUCAAAAGAAGCUCAAAGUUAAGUUUAGAACUUAGGAAAUAUACUUUUUUGUAAUCCAGGUCAACUCAACCCUCUCAAGACCUCUUUGUAGAUUCAAUUCUCAACAUAUGCAGGCGGUUUUCUCACCAACAGGCAUUUUCAAAAGUCAAAGUCAACUUUAUUGUCAAAUAUGCUAUACGUGUUAAACAUACAGCACAGAUGAAAUAAGGCCAUCAGCAGCAAGAAUAAUGGUUCUGUUUUUAUAUAGAAGACACACUCUUCACUCUUAGCCUCACUCUUCUGUGGUAAAGUCUAUUUAAGUGAAUUCGGGAUCCUCAACCCUGAAACCUCUGACCUCUUUACCGUCCUGCUCACAGUGGGAACGGUUUCUAGCUAAUGUUUGUUUUGCUUUAACUGAGAGCCGCUGAAGCUUUGUAUAACCACGUGCUUCAUUCCCAUAUUCAUCACUGUCUUUCUUCUUACGCUUCUUUCUCUUUAGUUUCUGUGAGCUGGUGAACUCUCUGCUCCAGCAGGCUGUGGACCCUGCUCAGAGCCUGGACCAUAUUAGUGAGGGGAUACUUGAGGUCAGUCGCAGUCGUCCGUGUCUCUGACAUAGCGUCUGUUCCAUUCUGGGUCUGACUUGAUCCAAUAAGUGGAAACUAUAAUAAUUAUCAUGAGGAGUAUUAUGAAUAAUAUCUGUUUGUGUAUUUACUUAAACUGACAGACUCCUCGACUUGUUUUUUUUUGUGUUAAAAAUAAAUGAAUGGCACGUCUGUUCUUCCGCUCUAAAAUAUUUUGCAUGUCAAAUCCCUCACCCCCUUGAUGUUUCCACUUUCAGUCAUUCUCAUUCUCAUCCAUGCUGUCUUCAUUUCUCUCUCCAGUACAUCUAUGAGACCAAUGAGAACGGAGACAAGGUGAUUCUGGGUAAAGGGACGUACGGUGUGGUGUACGCAGGGCGAGACCUGAGCAACCAAGUGCGCAUCGCCAUCAAGGAAAUCCCAGAGAAGGACAGCACGUACGGGAAAGCAACACUCACGCUGUUUUUCUCUCUGCUGGGAGACACAAAGCUGCAGUGUUUCUCACAGGAAUGGUUUUUUCCAUAAUAUCCUUAGAGGGACAGGAGUUGGCAGGACAGAUACUCACUGUCAUGAUUUAAGAUUGUGUAGUCUUCUCGUUUUUGUUUAUCACUCUGUAGUCUGCGCAGAGAUCUUCGGCUGGCUUUGCAGUACUCCUCUAAAGGAAAUGAGAUAUUCCUCAAGAGCUUUUGAAUAUUUGCCAAACCUUUCUGUGCUCAGGAGAGAGGAAGUUGUUUGAAGUUAGUCAGUUAAUGGAGUUGUGCUCUAAAAAUUCUUAAAAUGAGUAAAUAUUGCACAGAUUAGUAGAAUUCAAACCAUCAAAAUUGAGUUUAUUUUGCUAAUCGAUGCAAGACAGAGAGAAGAAGAGAGGAAAUACUGUUUUUGUUGCAUUCGCAGCUGCCAUGUGAUGUUAUUUUUUAGCUGUUAGUAGUUUGAAGAGGAAAAUUAAAAUCAGUAGAGCCAAGAAAAACAUCAUAUGACUAAUAAAAUCUGUGGGGAGCAGAUGGGUUACUGUGCUCUUCCUGCUUCAGGGUUUUUUUAAUGAUGCCUCAGACUUCCUUUUUUUUUCACUUUUCUGACUGAUAAUGAGCUCAUUCAUUUUGAACCCUUGACACCAGAUGCAUGUCACGAGAUCUCUACUUUUUCGCAUUUUUUUUUUUUAAAUAAUAAAAUGUUUUAUUGUUGAUGGACACACCUUUUAUGCUCAUUCCCUCUCAGGUACUCCCAGCCCCUCCACGAGGAGAUCGCUCUGCACAAGAGGCUCAAACACAGGAACAUCGUCCAGUACCUGGGCUCUGUCAGUCAGGAUGGUUUCAUCAAGAUCUUCAUGGAGGAAGUGCCAGGAGGUAGGAAUCUGAAAAUGUGCAGGAUAACUGCUCAUGACCCGACAUCCUGGCACAGGCGAUCUGAGGGACUUGGAAACCCCACUGUCCCUCAACGUGGAUAAAUGAAAAACAGGCGUGAGAAGAACACAGAAGAUCACAGCAGCCUUAGCACAAUUUAAAGUAAUUUAAAAUAAGCUGGAGGUUAAGAUGGAAACACUGUGAUGUUUUUAUUUCAGAUAAUUUUGGAAAGCACCUAGCAACCCUUCAGGGGGUCCAGACCCCACAUUGGGAAACACUUCUUCUGCACACAAGAGCACUCUUCAGUACAUUAAGUAAUUUUAAUAAAAUAUCUGCUCAAAACUAUUUCAGUAUUAGACAUCAAAAGCUUCUUCAACUUGAAUUAGUUGUUGGCUUUCAUCUGUGUCACAAUUUCAUUUCACUCUGAUUCCUGUCAUGCAUUUACAUCUGCAUCUAGAAAAUCUAAAUAGUUCUGCAGUUUCGCUCUUUCUAGCAAUCUCUAUCAUAUAAGCAACAACAACUAAAGAACUUGUUGACACAGAGUUUACAUGAGGAACUUGGAGAGAGCGACCUUGUCCAGUUUCCUUUCAAGUGCAAACAUAAGGAAUCCUUGCCCUUACAUUUAGAUCUGCCUUUCCCUGCUUACUGUGUGGUUUUGUUUUGGAGGGAAGCCUUUAUUAAGCAUGCAGGAAGUCAGAGCCUGAAGAGUGUAUUGAUGUGUGUGUAUGUGCGCGUGUGUGUGCAUGUGGUUGUGUAACCUCAACUGGAAGUCAGUUAGUGGGUGAGACAUCCUGCUCUCUCAUUGGAGAGAAAGUCUCUCCAGAUAAUGAUGUCAUCAUCUCAAAAAUAACCUAUAACACGUGGACUCUCCUGAUCCAUACCUGGUCUGAUAUCACCAGCAAAGUCGAAAUCAUGUCUUCCUCUAGUUUGUGACUUUUGAACAUUUAAGAAAUGUCAUUUAAGUUGUUUUCAGUUGUUUUCUCCUUUUGUUAAUUUUCAUUCUUCAUACAGGUAGUUUGUCUUCUCUCUUGCGCUCUAAAUGGGGUCCUCUGAAAGACAACGAGGCCACCAUCAUCUUCUACACCAAACAGAUCCUGGAGGGGCUCAAGUACCUUCAUGACCAUCAGAUAGUCCACAGAGACAUUAAGGUGAAGAAGCGGUCUUGAACUCUGUGGGACAAAUGAAUACAGUGACGAUUUCUAGGGCUGGGCGAUAAACCGAAAAUUUACUGAUACCCAAAUUUACGACAAUAACCAACGUUGUUUUGUCCUUAUCGGUAUAUUUGGGGUCAAAUAAAAAAAUAAAAGUUGGUUUUGGAUGUGUGUAGGUAGGCUAUGGUCUCACGUUCCUUUAAGACGCUGUCCUACAUCAGAGACAUGACUCCACCCCAUCCAGUCGGUAACAAAGAGGGAAAAACAGGUGAGGAGAUGGAGGACGGUUCAAAAGUUGACGACUGAAGUAGACGAAGUUAAUGUGGGAGGGGGUGAGCAGCUUGUGGAGAAGUUAUUGUCUAUUUAUCGUUAUCAAGGUGAACUGCUCAACAUAUCGUGAUAUUGAUUCGAGGCCUUAUCGCCCAGCCCUAAUGAUUUCCAUUCUUAGAAUAAUGAAAUUGCAGUUAAUGCUAUAAAUCUAAAUAAAAUCUGAAUGUGGAUCAUUUGUCUUUUCUGCAGGGUGACAAUGUCCUGAUAAACACUUACAGUGGAGUUCUGAAGAUCUCUGACUUUGGCACCUCUAAACGAUUAGCAGGAAUCAACCCGUGCACUGAGACAUUUGCUGGUAAGAUGCUUUUUAAAACAUGUAUCUCAGUUUUGUUUGUUUCUGACACCAUGAUCCCCAUUUAAGGAUAAAUGUGCCAAAGUGACAUUUCAAUCAUGUUUAUGAUGUUCCCUUUUGUAACAGGAACCCUCCAGUACAUGGCCCCAGAGAUCAUAGACCAAGGACCUCGGGGUUAUGGGAAGCCGGCUGAUAUCUGGUCCCUCGGGUGCACUAUUAUAGAAAUGGCAACUGGCAAGACGCCUUUCCAUGAGCUUGGAAGUCCACAGGCAGCCAUGUUCAAGGUAAAAAAUAUUGUAAUUUUGUAGAUGUGAUUAUAGAAAAUGGAUUAUCCCCAGAUGAUGAAACUUCCUGGAUUAAUCCACCCAUUGUCAGGACUUUUGGUUUGCAGUGUUCAUGAUAUAAACCCAACUAAAAGAAUUCCCAUGAGCCUGAGCUACAGGGUGUUUAUUUAUAUUAGCUUGGAAACAGAACUAGCGAGGUCAACCAAGGUAAACAUAAGCAUGAAAGCAUUUCUCUGUCAGCCUUUAAUCACGGCGGUUAGCUCUGAGCUCUGAGUUAUGCCGUCCUAAGAUGAGUUGGCAACAUACCAGAUAAGUAAUAGAGAUAUUAUGCAUGCUCUGAUCUACAAAGUGGGAUUUUAAGACACUUAACAUGAUUUGAAAUUGGUCGUGUCUUUUAAAAAAUAUAGAGUAAAUAUGGAUUUGAUUGAGUUUACUGAAGGAUUUUAACUAAAUUGAUCUCUAAGAGCAUAAAACUCGGAUUCAAGAUGUCUAAAUAAACACAAAAUGUGUUUUUUAUUGUUAAUGUGCUCGUGUUUAAACUCUUCGAGUAACUUUUACACAAUUUCAUCAAGGUGGGCAUGUUCAAGAUCCACCCAAAAGUCCCGGAGUGUAUGUCAGACGAGGCAAAAGGCUUCAUCAUGAACUGUUUCGAGCCGAACCCUGACAACAGAGCCACAGCCGACGAGCUGCUGAACGACACCUUCCUCAGGUCGUCUCCCAGGAGGAAGGCAAAACCUCAGCAGGAAUCUGAAUCGAAGGACAGCCUCUCUGCAGGUUAGUGCGUGCUAAUCGUCUUUCAAGGUCAAGGGUUCAUCAGAUUUCUUAUGAGUUUUAUCUUUAUGAUCUCAACACAUAUCUAACUUGUAAUCUCUGGGUUUUUACAGCCGACUAUCAACGCAGCCUGUCUGUGCCUAUCUCCAUCCUUGUGGAGGACACCGAUUCGUACUCAGGUUCGAUCGACCUGUCCUGUUCUCUGGACUUCAGAAGGCCGCACUCUGCUCUCUUAACAAAUGAAAUCUCAGAGAGCCCACCGAGCGCCUGCAGCUUCCUGUCGUGAGUUACACUGUUACCCAACAGAGGAGGAAAGUUGUUCGAUUUCUGCACCAGAUGUAAUUCACAGGAUUUUACGUCAGUGGCAAACCGCACUGAGGUUUCCUGUGUAGGCAUAAAAUAGGGCAAAACGCCAACAUAAGAAAUGCCACAGUCUACAGUAAAUCAUAUAUAACUGAUGAAAUCGCCUCAAAAUCUAAAACUCAAAUAUUGAUAUGUAAAUGUAAACUCUUCUCAUGAGCUGAUCUGGUGUUAUUGACCCUGCAGAUUACCUGAGGACUCUCCAUCAGAAAUGUGCAGCCCGGCAUCAACAGGGGAGAGCGUUGGGCUGUUUAUGCUGAGGAAGGACAGCGAGAGGAGGGCCACCCUGCACCGAGUCCUCACCGACUACAUCAGCCUGGUCGUCUUUAACAUUCAGGACUCUGUGCCUCAGGUGGGUGAAGAAAAGUCACAAAUCUAAUCUAAUCUAAUCUAAUCUAAUCUAAUCUAAUCUAAUCUAAUCUAAUCAUGGAGGACAAAAACUUCAUCACUAAAGGGUUAUUUGUUUGCAUAUAUAAAAGGAAAAAAAUGGAUAAAUAACUAGAGGUAACAUCCACCUUUUAAAUUUGCAGAGUAAAUCUUUGGGUUUCCUUGAGCCAAAAUUGAUCAUUAAUGAUUCAGAACCAAAGAUACUGUUUGUCGACACCAAGUGAAACUUUUAUUUGCUGAGUGAAUCCUCAUAAUUCUACCAUGACCAUCACUGAAAAGACUGAAAACUGCUUCAAAACCCUUUUCUUUUUUAAUUUCUACAAAAAGAAAUUGCUUAAAAUUAAGUUAUCAGACAGGAUUGUGUUUGGAAACCUCCUUUUGCCUCAUAAUUAAUCAAACACGCAUUAUUAACUGCAGUUUCCAAGUUGCAUCCUUCGUAUAUUUUGUGGCUAAGAUGUAUACGCCACAGUGCAUCACAGUCCCUGAUGGAAAAAUAGCAUGAAGGGCUUGAGUUUCAUUUCCUUAAUUCUAAACAUGCAAACCCGACUGACACUCUCAACCAACAGUCACAGAGUUCAUUCCAGAGUUGGUGCCAACGAGUAACUUAACAAUAACAAAAGCAUCUAGGAGUCUCUCUUCAUUCAGAGUAAGAACUACACUGUCAAAAUACCAGCACAUGCUUAUUUUUUCCUCUUCCGCUGUAGGUAAUGUUGCCUUGCUGUUGAUAACACUUUGCUCAAAGUGUGAAAUCUAUAAUAAAUAGCAAUAAUGUAGUAAUGAAUAAGAAUGAAAAGUAAAAUGCACUUGUAAAACGUUGCUUUAAAAUCAGAAUUUGAGCUACCAUUUGGAAAUACAGUCAGACUAAUCCUUCCCUUAAACAGCCGUCAGAACUAUUGAGACCAAACUGUUAUUUUCUAAAACACCCGUCUUCUAACUGAACUUCAUCUAGUUAAAAUACAGUUGAAGUCAGAUCUUGGAUAUCAUGACCUGACUUCACUCCUGUUUUCAAACAAAUUUCAACAUUGAAAUCUGGGUCAUGACUCACAGAGCAUCAGCAAGUCUUGACAUGUAGGUGAAGGAAUGAUCCCUGGAUGAAACGAAGAGCCUAUAAGGCGGGAGUGUGGAUCCCUCCUUUGGUUUUGAUAUGACACAAAUUGCCCAGACAUGCCGCCGCACAAUAAAUGAACAAUAAUUAAGCAGCGAGUGCAAAUCCAACAAGGAAGUUGUCUUGCAAGAAUGUAAUUUUGAGCCUUAGGGUACUUUUGAUGUCAUAUGUUAACCAGGAGUAGCACUUGUUUUUCACUUAGAAGGUGUCUUGUGCACAACAGUAUUUCCCUGAAGCGAAAAGGUGUUGGUGCUACUUUCUUAAUUUGUUUUCUGUCAAAGUCUUUAGAUGCCAGGUUUAGAUCUAAAGAACAAUACUCCAAAUAGAAAAUCUUAAUUAGUAAUAACCCCUUUGAGAUGUUUAAUCUUGUUUUUAAUAGGUUCUUUAAAAAAAUUGAGCUACCAUGCGUAUUAUAAGGUCUGCUCAGUCUUGUUGCACACUCAGUUUUGUGUUUGUGCAGCAGGAAAUAAAGAAAAAUGCAAAAUUUAAUGUUUUUAGACAUUGCAAAACCAACUUCAGAUUUAAUGUCUUUCUCUGAAGCUUUUGUAACCCCAUACUCUAGAAAAAUUGCAUGUAUUAACCGACCAAAGAGCUAAAACAACAAUUAGACGGUGCCCUCAUUCUUCACUUCCUGUCAUCUUGUCUCUUAAAGCACGGGGAAGGACCACAUCUCACUGCAGAACACAUCACUGAGCUCAUCAAAUGCUUGCGAGACAACAUCCGCUCCCCAGACAGGAAACAGCUGACCAGCAGUCUGCUGGACCUCCGAGCCACACUGGUCACUGCCGCAGUGCCCAUGAGCAGCCUGCAGGUGGUGCUGUUCAGCUUUCAAGACGCAGUAAGUUUACUCAGGAGUCUACGCACAUCUUUCACAGCAGCUACUCGUUCAGUGACAUGUUUUGGCUGAAAUGUUUUGCGCUCUGUUCUCUGUGUAGGUGAAGAAGGUGUUGAGGCAGCAGCAGGUGAAACCUCACUGGAUGUUUGCUCUGGACAAUCUGCUGAGACAGGCGGUGCAGGAUGCCAUCACUGUGCUGCUCCCAGGUAAAGUUUGAUCUGAUUUUAGUGGAUAUCUUGCAAGGAAAGCAAAAAUAUUUGAGCAUGAGGGUGUUUUUUUUGCCUCUUUUUGUGUUCUUUGUAAUUCUUUUACUUGAAUUUACAAACUUGUUUUUUAUACUUUUUGUUAAUCCUGUAUUUUAUUUAAUUAUUUUCCACACCUCCUCCUCUUUCUAUGUGUCUCAGAGCUGAAAAUCCAGCUGCAGUCCUCAUUUGAGGUUGAAGACAGCACUCCCGAGGAGCAGUCCAUUGACCCUGACACUCCUAUCGCUAUCGCACCUGAUCAACAGGUGGCGCCAGCAGACUUCCAGCCGAUAGCAACGAUAACUGAAUUCCUUCCUGCAGACAGCCCCAACACCCCCACAGACCUCAUCCUCAACUCCAACUGCCCCCUCAGUGACAAACUAAAGGACCUACGUCUAGAAACGAGACGGUAGAUUUGACUUAUUUUCAUGUUUGUUUUUUUUAUUUUUCAUAUUUUUAAUAAACACUAAAUGAUUUUGUGUUUAUCAAGAGCCAGUGCACUUGGACAAUCAAAACUUCCGUGAUUAAUUAUGGCUGUCUUGCAGCUCUGGCCUCGGUAUUAAGCAGUAAACAGAGUGAUUAAUGAGGAUUUUGAGAUGCUGCUUUUUCUGCUGAGUAAUGAAGGCUUUUCUGUGCUGCAGACUGCUGAGUCAGCUGAAUGAGAAGGAGAGAGAGUACCAGGAGCUGCUGAAGAACUCUGUGCAGAGGAAACAGGAACAGAUAGAUGCUCUGAGGAAAGCAGCAGUCGCUGAAGGUGAUGAUAUAAGUUUAACCAUUAACACCAGAUUUUCUCUUUAGGUUUUAUUUCGGCAGCUUUUCUAUUGAGGAGAAACAACAUGGAUAAAUUAGUUUUAGAGCAACUGUGUAAGAAAAAGACUCUUUUAGCCUAACACACCACUGGCGUUUUGUAUAUAUCUUUAAAAAGUAAUGAGUCAGGAAGGGAAGACAGCAAAAUCGUACCAAAAUUCUGUGUAGAUCUGCAUUUUUUAUGAUAUGAGGCCAAAGCUGUCUGUGGUGGAGUUGAGUGCAGGUUAAGUCCCUAUUUUUAUAUCAUCAUAAAAUAUUAGGAAGACUGUUUUACUCCAAAUAGUUUCCUGCAUAAACCUUUUAGACCAUUUGAAUGUGAAAAAUGCAUCUUUCCUUAUUCUGACUGAUCCCAUUGGCGUGUCUUUAGAUUAAAAUCACCAGUUUGGUAACAGUGUUGAGCGUUCACCACAGCUCUCCUAAUGGGGCGAUACACCGUAGAGGAAUCGCUGCAGGUGUCUAAUAAAUUAGACUCUUUACUUAUCCAAAAAUCUUGUUCCCAGUAGUAAAGUCGGAUAAACAGCUAUUACCGUUAGCUUGCUGUCUUUCUUUUCUGGGUACAUUCUGUACAAACAUCGAUUAAAAUCAAGGCUAGUUCCCACCCUCCUGAAAUCCUAGGGCAGAAAUAAUGAUUGAUUACAUCCUUUAGGCAUCAAGGUAGUAACGGUUCUUGAACAAGAUGUCACUUGAAUGCUCAUGCAGGUGAAUGUGUGACAGCCCUCACUUCAGAUUGAACAAACAACAGUGGCCUUAUACUGAAAAUCGAGUUUUAAAUCUGAUCUGUACCAGUUUUCAUUAUCAAACCUCUACAUCCAACUAAAGUUAUUAUAUCUCAAUGUUUUAACCUCAAGUCAGUCAUUAGUGGAGCUGUUUCAUACGUCCAGAGUCAUUUGCCAAUCGCUCUAACAAUGAGCCAGUUUCUAAGAUUUGGAAAGAGCUCACUCUAACACACAAGCUACGGCAUGACCCGUAUUGCAUCAAUAGACCUCUGUUAGUUUAUCAAUAUACCGAGGGAUUCUCAUUACUGUUUCUUAAGACUCGUACUAGUCAAUCCCCACCACGCCUCAGCUUCAGGCGCAGGAUUUCUGCCUGACUGGUUUGUGUCGGAGUCAUCGAACGUCGAGUCAUCAGCCACAAUGUGCUCAAACUUGACUCGUCACUUUAGGUAAUGAUUAUACAGCGCGCCUGCGGUAACUCGACAACAGCGCCAUGUGAUACUGUUUGUCUGUUUUGAAGUGCUAAACGUGUUCAUGUCUUUACUUUAUAGAUGGAGAAUUAGCUCUACAGAAAAGCUCUAAUCCAGAGGUGAAGGCUUUAGUGCGCUGGCUCAAGGCUGUCCCCGUAGAUCAAGACACUAUCGACAAGGUAAACUCAACGCUCAGCCAUUUUUGACAUUUCUUUCACUCCUGACGAUGCAUUACUCAUAUGUGCUCUUCUCACACCUGCAUGACCUUUCCUCCAGUUGCUCUCUCACGGGUUCACCUUGGAUUGUCUCCUCCACAUCGCCUCCAGGGACGAUUUGAUGUACUGUGGAAUAAGGUGAGCCGCCUCACACCGUCAGUCCACGCAGGAGCUCAGGAGGGGACCUUGUUAUUUUGUGUUACGUCAAGUCUGUCAAGCCCCAGUUAUCUUGAAUCUGAAUCUGUUGUCGUUUCAGAGGAGGCAUGCUGUGUCGAGUCUGGGCAGCCAUCACGGCUCGCAGGAAAAAACAGCUCAGCACGCACGACGAGGACGGCGAGGACGAUCCGUUUGAUGGCUGCUGAUGUUGUGCAUCAAAAGACAGAUUCACUGACAGGCUGGUCCUGUUGGAGGAAGGGAGAUGGAGAGCAAGAUACACUUUGGUUCCCUUGUCGACCUGUGAAUGUAUUCCUUCUGAGAUACCGAUCAGUUCUUCCAUUUCCUGUGCAUAUCAAGUAGUCUUGGCAGCAUUUUGUUUAACAGUUUCUCAGGGCUUUUUAAACUGGGACUAUAAAAAAAACAGCCUUUUAAGGGAGAUGAUUCACCUGCAAGUAAACAUGUGAAUGCAAUUUUAACAAUGUCUUUUGACGACACUUUUUGUGUGUUUGUGAAAUCUUAGCAGGUCUAAGUUUAAACUAUAUUUAAGAUGAAUGUCUGAAAAGGAUUGUUUUUCUUUUUUUUUCUGUCAUAACUGAUUCAGACAAUAAACAGGAACCUUAAAUCUC